CACACACGGGAGGCGGGUCCCGGUCCGGCAGUGUGUGGGGUCCGGGCGGUUGGGAGACAACAUGAAGCCGGCGGUGGAUGAGAUGUUUCCCGAGGGCGCGGGGCCGUAUGUGGACCUGGACGAGGCUGGAGGAAGUUCAGGGCUUCUAAUGGACCUUGCAGCCAACGAGAAAGCAGUCCAUGCAGAUUUCUUUAAUGAUUUUGAAGACCUCUUUGAUGAUGAUGACAUUCAAUGAUUUGUACUUCUCACUUGACCAUCUGAACUGCUUUAUACCUGAGUAUGAAUGCCCGGGAAAACAUUGCAACUAAACAGCAGCAGCAGUAUGCUUUGCAUGAACAACAUUCAAGACAGGAGAGUUUGAAAAUGAAAAAAAAGCAAAUUAGACACACCUGUAUCGACCCUGUACCGAAUCAAAGCCAACUCGUUAAUUUUAUGUGUUGCACAGAGAUUUGGGAUAAUGUAACCUCGGUUUAUAAACCGUGAAUUAUUUAAUUGAAGUAAAAUGGAAAAAGCA